CCGUCACUGCGGCGACCACAGCGAACUGGCAUGAUUGCGCUCUGAGGACUGAUGGACAUGCAAGAAACAUUCCUCAAUCCGGGACAGCUGCCUGAAGAUAUCGUCGUCGGCGUUUUCCACGAGCUUCUGAAAUGCAAUGAUGUAGAAACCUUAAGCUCUUGUGCAAUAGUUUGCCGCUCGUGGUCGUGCAUUGCACAAGAUGCUUUGUUCUCUGGGUUCGACAUCAUCCUUGAAUCUGCUUACGUUCCCGUGUACAAGCUUCUCAGUUUUUUACCCGUCCCUCGAAGAAUUCACACUGUUGAUAACUUUGUUGACUUCAUCGGUGCUAACCCUCGGCUCGUAGACAUGGUAAGGAACCUCCGACUUCGGGUUCCUGCUAGAACUGCACUCUUGGAGGUUGACACAAACGUCGGGCCUAUCUUCUCCGUCGUUCGCCGCCUCCACAAGUUGAGGUCGUUGUCGAUAGACGCGAAGUGUUUCUGUGGUAUAGCACCAGACGCCGUUCUACCCCAGAGUGACACUAUGACCAGACUCUUCCUCCGUGACGUCGCCUUUCCUCAUGUCGGAAAGAUCAUGGAAUUGGUAUCUUCCGUGCCCAAGUUAGAGGAUCUGUCAUUGAUCGGUAGUGGGCCAGCCGCUGUUUUUGAAGAGAACGUUGAAACUCCCUCCCAUCUGACUCUUCAGCCGCCUCUUCGACGUCUUGUCAUUCAUAUGGGUCAUAUGGUGAUUGCCAGCCUCAUAAACGGCACAUUGCUCCGUAUCAACGGUUUACGUCAUCUGGAUAUACAUUUUGUGGAUGGUCUAAGCGAGGAUGGUAUACAUUCUCUCGUGGAAUUGAUAGGCUUGAAUGAGUCUACUCUCCAGAGUCUGUGUCUUCUAGAUGGACUUCCACGUGAUGUCCUCAUGUCGCUCAUUCCAAAUCUCAGGCUACGUAGCCUCGAGGUUUAUCCCUUCCGCGGCGCCGUCCUCGAACUACUGACCGUCUUGCAUGACACAUUUGAUUGCAUAGCUGACAAUACUCUUGAAAACAUAACCAUAGUCAUUGACGGAGACUACCUUCUCUACGAACUCGGUGACCACUCCGUGGCAUGGGAACGUUUACAGACAUCACUACGCAGCUUUCCGAGGCUCCGAAUGUUCUGCGUUCUCUUAACGAGAGAACCGUACGAAUAUGCCAUCACAGAUCUGACUUCCUCUUAUGUGACGGUGGAAGACUUCAAGGUACAUCCAGCAUUCUCAGAAUUGAGGAAGGAUGGCAAAAUGACAGUAGGCGAGAAAGUUUAUUGAUAACAUUUUUGUCUACCAAUGCAAACGCACUUGGAACUUGAAGCUCCAGGUGGCCUACUCUCUCCUUUCUUUUCGGGCGUUAAAGGUAUUGAUUCAAGGGCGGACAUGGGUCGAGAUGGAUCAUGUUUCAUAUAUGCAGUCAGAGAGGCAAGGGCAAUAUACACGUUGUACUUUCCGCAUCAAACCUCGCUGAUUUAAAUACCACCUAGCGGGACUAAAGUCUGGUAGAAAUUUCAGAUAGAUAAUAGCCUUUGUAUCAUGCUACGAGGCGAAUAUACGUCACUUGCAGUUAUGGACCCAAAUUGGGAAGUUU